UCUUGGUCAUGGGCACAAGAUGGACUUGUCAUGGACCUUCCCUAUUUGUGCUCUUCUGUUAUGGGCAGCUCUUGCCAUGGCUCAGGACCGAGGGUGAUCAGAACUUAGACAAGUUCUACAAUGAGACCAUGGCAAAGAUGUUCCUGCAGUUUUAUGAGCAUACCGCCCAGGUUGUAUGGAACCAGUUCAUGGAGGCCACCUGGAACUAUGUCACCAACAUCACCAAGAAAAACCGGGAGAAGAUGCUGCACAAAGACUCAGAGAGGUCCCAGCACAUGCCGUACUUUGGCACUUGGGCCCGCCUGUUUAAGAUCUCCAGGUUCCAGGACCCGGCCAUGAAGCGCAUGCCGAACAUAGACUGCAGAACAUAGACUGCACAUGAACAUAAGCUGCAGAACAUAGACAAGGCAGCCCUGCCCCAGGACAAGCUCGGGAGGUGAUGGUACAACAUGCUUCUGGCCUACAUGGAGACGACAUACAGCAUGGCUCAGGUGUGCCUGAAUGAGGGACCCUGCCUACCCCUGGAGCCUGACCUUGAAGAAGUCAUGGCCACCUCCUGGGAUGAGAAGGAGCUGCUGUGGGCCUGACAGGGUUGGCAGGAUGCUGUGGGUCAUCAGCUCUGCAUCACCUUCAAGUGCUAUGUGCAGCUCAGCAACAGGACUGCAAAGCUCAACGGUUACAAAGACAUGGGGGCCUUGUGGCGGUAAGAGUCUGACACCCUGGAACACGAUCUGGAGCAGCUUUACCAGGAGCUGCAGCCACUCUACCUAAACCUGCACACCUACAUGUGCCGGGCCCUGCACAGCCACUACGGGUCAGAGCUUAUCAACCUGCGGGGACUCCCUGCCCACCUCCUGAGGAACAUGUGGGCUCAGUUCUGGGUCAACAUCUUAGACCUGGUCCUGCCCUUCCCAAAGAAGCCUCUUGAGGACAUCACAAAAAUCAUGAAAAGCCAGCACUGGAAGCCCUCAAAAAUGUUCAAAGGGGCUGAAAAAUUCUUCACCUCCCUGGGGCUGCUUUCCACCCCUCCCAACUUCUGGAAAACUUCAAUGAUGGAAAGGCCAACCGAUGGGCGAGAGGUGGAGUGCCACGCCUCUGCCUGGGACUUCUACAACGGCAAGGACAUCAGGGUAAAGAAGUGCACCGAGGUGACCAUAGAAGACCUGCUCUCCAUCUUCCACCAGAUGGGCCAUAUCCAGUACUUCUUGCAGUACAAGAACCUCUCUGUGAUCUUCCGUGCAGGAGCCAACCCAGCCUUUGAAGAGGCUGUGAGGUCGAUGGUCACCCUCUCGGCCUCCUCCCACAAAUACCUGCUCAACAGAGCCCUGCUCAGCCACCAGCACCAGGACUCAGAGGAGGAGGUCAAUUUCCUGAUGGGCAUCGCCCUGGAGAAGAUCGCCUUUAUCCCCUUCGCCUACCUGAUGGACCUGUUUCGCUGGAAGGUCUUUGAUGGCACCAUCCGGAAGGAUGUCUACAACCAGGAGUGGUGGAACUUGAGGUUGAAGUACCAGGGCCUGUGCCCCCCCGUCCCUCGGACAGAGGAUUACUUUGAUCCUGGUGCCAAGUUCCACAUUUCUGCCAGCGUGCCCUACAUACGGUACUUCAUCAGCCUAGUACUCCAGUUCCAGUUCCACGAUGCUGUGGCCUCAGGCCAUGUGGGCCCAUUGCACCGAUGUGACAGCUAUAACUCCAAGAUAGCUGAGAAGCUCCUGGAGGAUGUCCUAAAGCUGGGCUCAAGCAAGCCCUGGCCAGAAGUCCUGCAGAAGAUAACUGGGCAGACCAAAGUGUCUGCAAAGGCCCUCAUGACUUACUUCAAGCCCCUCUUGAACUGGCUGGUCACUGAGAAUGUGCGGCAGGGGGAGAUCCUGGGCUGGCCAGACUUCAGCUGUACCUUUGAAGAAAAAGACACAGACAAGGUGACAUUUCUGAGUCUGGAGCUGGACGCUGACCAGGCCAAAUUUGGGCAGUGGGUGCUGCUGGCCCUCAGCUUUGUCAUGUUCCUGGUGGCCCUACUGCUGGCCUGCAGGCUGUACUCCCUGGAAAAAAGGCCAUUGUCCCAGAACACCAAGGCACAGAACACCGGUUCACAGGACUCCAGUGCACUCAAGACACAGCCCAAGGCCUACUUCCUGGGGAUAGCCAUGGAGCCCUGCCUGGUUGCCAAAAGACAGUGGAUCCUGCUGGGCCUCUGCCUCACCCUGACGCUGUGCUCAAUCAGCCUGAUCAUUCAAAUUCUCACACAGCACAACAGGAAGCCUCUGUGGAUGAGAGCUGAAUGGUGGAGCUGGGACUAGACACCAGUACAACUGGUAAGGCUGGAGGGCAGGAGGAAGGUGGCCAAGGCAGAGAGCACUGGGGCGGGGGGGGGGGGGAGGGUUAGGGAGGAGACAGUUUGCAUGCAUAGUGUCCAACUGCAAUUGGGUGCAGCUGUGGCAGAUCUGGGUACAUGGAAGUUUGUAAUUGUGUGUAUGGAAUUCAUGUAUGUGAAGCCAUGUGUACAGGCUACUGACUCUGUGUGAUUCCAUGUAUGUCCUGGAUUCCAGACCAACUUCCUUCCCCUAGGGGCUCAGGAACCAUGGUUUCAGUGAGCCCAGUGACUCUGUCCCUCCAAUUCAGCCACCACCCCAAUUCAUGCCCCAAACUGUUAUUCGCACAGCCUUGUUUUCUUCAAGAGCCCAACUGUGGGGCUGGGCCAGGACUGCAGUGUCCAAGGAAUGUCCUCUCUGGCUAGAAACAGGACACUGCUUCAGUCACCUUAUAAAAUGUAUUCAAGUAAAACUGGACAUUCUGUACAAAUCACUGGUGCCCAGUUCUUGAGCACUGUGCUCUGUAUGCUAUAUCCAGCAUAUCUUUCUGCUGAUCCUCUGGCCUACCCUGUGUUGGGCUGCAUAAUCCAGCCCCAAAAGCUGCUUGUCGGCUGCCUGAGAUGCAAACUGCCCCACAGCCCUCCCUGCCCCAGUCCAGACCUUCCCAAAUGGAGACAGUGGGUAGCUGGGCACCAAGCCAGGCUUGAUUAAUGAUUGACUUCUUUAAUAUUUAAACAAAGCUCAUCUCCAGCCACUCCGCUCCAGAGAUGGCCUUGUUCAACACACACACCUGCUGCCUGGCCUGUUGCCCUGGGGACCGAUCAUAGGGCAAACAACACCUUUCCAGGCUCAGUGGGGGAAGGGGAAAUGGGAUGGAGAGGGCUAUAGGAAGACAUUUGGGAAAUGGGUACUCUAGGGACAAGUUUAGGACAAACUUGAGAAAAGAGAGAGAAGGCCUCUGCUCCUUCCCCUUCUAGCCCUUCUUUCCAUUCUGGGUCUACCCACCAUGGGGAUGCCACAUCCUAUAUAUGCCACAUCCAAUAUAACACAGUCCAACUGCAUUGGACAGAGGCCCCAAGGAGCUCUUGGAGUGGCUAAGAAUCAGUGCCUGUCAGUGAUUAGGGGAGCCUUGAGGCAGGUAGUAGCAUAGCCAGUAACCAAAGAGAAGUGACACUAGUAGUUGAGGCAACUCAACUACAGUUGAGUUGGUGAAAGGGUGGCCAAAAGAUGAGACUGGCUCUCUCUAGAUUAAGGAUCUGAGCCCAGAAGUCAAGGUUCAGGGGAAAAGAGGGGCUGGGCUGAGAUCUCCAUGGGCCUAAUCUCUGCCCAGGUUUCAAGAAGUCUUCUUGAGUUCUGGCUGAGCCCAACAAAGUACUGCUCCAAAUCCAGGAUCCAUAGCACUCUUGUUUGAUGCCUCUGUCACUGCUCUUACUUUGCUGUGCUAUGAUGUCCUUAUUUGUUCCCAUUAUUAGCUGUUAGCACUGUAAUGGCAGGACACCCAUCAGGAGUGUGCCCCUGCAUAACAUCUUUAGGUGGCACAGGCCAUAGAACAUAGAAGACUUGGAAACUGUAUGAAUGAGAAAGCUCUAAGUCCCUCCUCAGAGCUCAGCAUCCUGCUCUGAGUUCAUGAGAAACAGCCCCACCUUUCCUACACAGUCAGCCUGCACCCCCACACAAGGGGCAGCCAGGACAACUCUGCCUCACUAGGAGGCCACACUUGCAGCCCUCCCAUUCCCCAGCCACAGUGGCCAACAAGGCCCCCAUCAGGCAUUGUGGCUCUGCGUGGCAAAGGCACACCCAGCCUAGGACUCCAAGCCUCUCAUCUGGACUCCAGCGAAAACCUCACUAAGCCUCCUUGUCCAUCCUCUCUCCCCCACCCGCCAUUGUAAAGUUUCUUUCACUGAAAUACUUCCUUUGUGUCUAACUGCUCAAGAACUUGGUUGUCCAUCAAUUAAAUCUAGAUGUUCAAAAUGG